UAUACCUCUGCGCUACACUCUCUUCUUUCGAAAAACCCCAUUGAAGAGAGGCCUCCAUUUCCACUUUCUCUCUCUACCGUUCACUCUCUCUCUAGCCAUGGCUUUGCUCGUCGAGAAAACCACCUCUGGCCGUGAGUACAAGGUCAAGGACAUGUCUCAGGCUGACUUCGGCCGGCUCGAAAUCGAGCUUGCCGAAGUCGAAAUGCCUGGUCUUAUGGCUUGUCGGACCGAAUUCGGUCCGUCACAGCCAUUUAAAGGCGCUAAAAUCACUGGAUCUCUACAUAUGACCAUUCAAACCGCUGUCCUUAUCGAAACCCUAACCGCUUUAGGCGCCGAAGUUAGAUGGUGCUCUUGCAACAUUUUCUCUACCCAGGACCACGCUGCCGCCGCCAUAGCGCGUGAUAGCGCUGCCGUGUUCGCGUGGAAGGGUGAGACGUUGCAAGAGUACUGGUGGUGUACUGAACGCGCCCUUGACUGGGGCCCCGGUGGUGGACCCGACUUGAUUGUUGAUGAUGGUGGUGAUGCUACACUUUUGAUUCAUGAAGGUGUAAAAGCUGAAGAGGAAUAUGCUAAAUCUGGUAAAUUACCAGAUCCAAGUUCUACUGAUAAUGCUGAGUUUCAGCUUGUGCUUACUAUUAUUAGGGACGGGUUGAAAACUGAUCCUUUAAAAUACACUAAGAUGAAGGAGAGACUUGUUGGUGUUUCUGAGGAAACUACUACUGGUGUUAAGAGACUUUACCAAAUGCAGGCUAAUGGAACUUUGCUUUUCCCUGCUAUUAAUGUUAAUGACUCUGUUACCAAGAGCAAGUUUGAUAACUUGUACGGAUGCCGCCACUCACUGCCUGAUGGUCUCAUGAGGGCUACUGAUGUUAUGAUUGCCGGAAAGGUAGCGCUUGUUGCCGGUUACGGAGAUGUCGGUAAGGGUUGUGCUGCUGCCUUGAAGCAAGCUGGUGCACGUGUCAUCGUGACUGAGAUUGAUCCAAUCUGUGCUCUCCAAGCUACCAUGGAAGGUCUUCAGGUCCUUACCCUUGAGGAUGUCGUUUCAGAUGUUGAUAUCUUCGUUACCACAACCGGUAACAAGGACAUCAUCAUGGUUGACCACAUGAGGAAAAUGAAGAACAACGCCAUUGUCUGCAACAUUGGUCAUUUCGACAAUGAAAUCGACAUGCUCGGUCUUGAGACCUUCCCUGGAGUGAAGAGGAUCACAAUCAAGCCCCAGACUGACAGAUGGGUCUUUCCCGACACCAACAGCGGUAUCAUUGUCUUAGCCGAGGGUCGUCUCAUGAACUUGGGAUGCGCCACUGGACACCCCAGCUUCGUGAUGUCCUGCUCUUUCACUAACCAAGUCAUUGCUCAGCUCGAGUUGUGGAAGGAGAAGAGCACCGGCAAGUAUGAGAAGAAGGUGUACGUCUUGCCAAAGCACCUUGAUGAGAAGGUUGCUGCCCUUCAUCUCGGAAAGCUCGGAGCAAGGCUCACUAAGCUUUCCAAGGAUCAAGCUGACUACAUUAGUGUACCAGUUGAAGGUCCUUACAAGCCUCCUCACUACAGGUACUAAGCGAAGACAAAGAAGAGACUGCAAAAACAGCACAUUCUUACGCCAUUGAUUGUUAUGCUUUUCAUGCUUUGGAUUUUGUUAGGACAAUAGUAUCUUGUUCCUUUAAACUAUCGUUGGGGAUAUUUUGGAGUGUUUGGAAUGUUGUUUCUGGAAAAGAAUUGGUCUCAUAUCAGAUGGAAGACCAAGAUGUGUUGAAUAAGUUUUGAGGAAUGGAGGUGGUGUGCUAUUGAUAUUGUAGCAGUUAGAUGUCUUUUGCUUUUGGGUUGUCCUUAUUCUGAGGAAUCACAAAGUUACAUGUUUGCCUUUAUCAUUAACUGUUUGCUUUAAUCGGUUUUAA